AUGGUGAACCUCCUCUCAGACUGCAGUUUUGCAAAUGGCGAAACUCCAGAAAACUAUGUGUUUCCACCAAAAAGCAGACCAUGUAAGAAAGUGAAAGUGAAAGUGAAAAGGAAGAAUGAAGGAGUGGAGAGGAUAUAUCAUAUAUGGGAGAAUGGAGAUAACAAAGAACAAGGCCUUUCGGGGAAAGUUGAGAUUCCCAUCAUUGAUCUUUAUGAUGAAGAGAACUCAGUCAAGCAUAUUAUGAAGGCUAUUCAAGAUUUUGGAUUAUUUCAGGUAAUAAAUCAUGGAGUUUCUAAGGACUUAAUUGAUGAAGCAUUUGAUGUCUUCAAGGAAGUAUUCAAUUUGUCUCCAGAAGAAAAAUCAAAAAUAAACAUGAAAGAGGACCUAAAUGAAUUCUGCAGAAUGGAGAUAGUGGGAGCAUAUGCUACAGCAUUGAAGGACCUGGGUUCAAGGGUUCUAGGGUGCAUAUCACAAGGGAUUGGACUAGAAAAAGAUUACUUUGCAUGUGAGCUAAGUGAAGAUAACAUCUUGACCGUUAAUCACUACCCACCAUCCCCUAACCCAAGUUUAACUCUCGGAUUAACUAAGCAUACAGAUCCCAACCUUAUAACCAUACUUCAAGCCGUGCCGGUCGAAGUUCCUGGACUUGAACUCAUCAAGGAGGAGAAGUGGUUGAGUUUUGGUACUGCUCCUGAUGCAUUUAUGGUCUUUGUCGGCAAUCAACUAGAGGUUGUUAGUAAUGGGAAGCUGAAAGCUGCAGUGCACAGAGUGAUAAAUGCCAGUGAAGCACGAACGAGUGCUGCCUUCUUUAUUAAUCCAUCGAAGGAAUGCAUUGUGGAGCCAGCAACAGAGCUGCUUCAAGCAGAAAAUGAACCUCCACUUUAUAAGGCAUUCAAAUACAAGGACUUCUUUAAAGUUUACACAACUCACGAUGGGGAGAGACAUGCUAUACUAGAAGAUUUUGAUUUUAAAAUCAAAUCUUAA